AUGCCACAGCAAGCCGAGGAUGGAAGCUCCAGGAACAGCUCAUCUGAAGCCAUUGCAUUGGAAAGCCAUGCUAGCAACCCCAAGUGUGGCACUGCUGAUCUUAUAUCCAAACUCCCAUCAAGAGAGGGGUGGUCGGAGCUGAUUGUGCUCUACAAGAACUACUGGCUCCAUCCCUACUUCGUGGAGAGCGUACUGCGCCUCCAAAAUAGCUUCAAACCUCGCCACGAUGACAUCAUCCUCACUAGCAACCCCAAGUGCGGCACCACAUGGCUGAAGGCCCUCGCCUUCGCAGUCACCAACCGCUUCCAGUAUGAUUUUGACAACCACCCUCUUCUCUUCCGCCAUCCCCAGGAGGUUCAUAGACGACAUAGUGUUGAUUUGAAAACAGCUUUCAACAUGUUCUCCGAAGGUUUCUCUGGCUAUGGGCCUUUUUGGGAUCAUUGUCUUGAGUACUGGAGAGAGAGCAUUGCGAUGCCCGAUAGGGUACUCUUCUUAAAGUAUGAAGAAAUGCUGUCAGAUCCUGUGAAAUAUGUCAUGAAGAUCGCAGCAUUCAUUGGUGUCCCAUUUUGUACCAAGGAAGAAGAGGACGGGGUACCUGAGGAAAUGGUUAGGUUGUGCAACUUUGAGAAGCUUAGUAGCCUGUAUAUCAACAAAACAGGAGAGUACUUUAGACACGGCAACAUGGUUAUUGAGAAUUCAGCAUACUUUAGGAAAGGAAAGGUAGGUGAUUGGCAGAAUCACAUGAGCGAAGAGAUGGGGAGGAAGUUAGAUCGCAUUGUGAAAGAAAAACUUAAAGGAUCUGCUUUUUGUAGAUGA